AUGAGGGGAUGCCUCACGUGUCGUCUGCGCCAUCUGAAAUGUGAUAAAACCGCGACCAAAUGUUUGCGCUGUCAACGAUCUGGCCGCGAAUGUAUUCCAGCCCCUGGAAAAUCAGAAGAGGUCUCAUUCCGUCAUGGUCAAAACCCUUCUUUACGAGGGAAGGGGCCCCCGAGGUACGGUGAGAGCGAUCUCGCUUUCCCUAAUGACCAAACCUGGGUUGAAACCUCGUCCGAGUAUUCCUUCAAAGAUGAGACCGACCAGACAGCCGCGGAGUAUUUCGUCGUUCCCGUAACCGGGCACCAAACAGUCUCCCGCUCAUCAUCUGAAGCACGCUCAUCGCCUUCAUCCGUGGACCCUUUGUCCGGAACCAGCACAGUCGUCCUGCCAUAUCUAGCAGACUCACAGGCUAUAUCGCGGUCUGCAUCGGAACAUUCACUAGCCCCGAUCGGGCAACCAAGACUCGAAAAUGUAAAUGAGGCCUACCUCCUCCGACAUUUCCAGCGACAUCUAGCUGACUGGCUCGAUGCCGGUGAUCCUGAUCGCCACUUCUCCGCUGAUGUCGCCAGGCGUGCCACCCAGUCGCCACUUCUACUCUACGCCUGUGUAGCCGUGGCGGCCUGUCACCUCUCGCGCACAGCAAACACCGUUUCUCCUGAAGUGGCAGAUAGUUAUCACGAGCGCUGCAUCUCCAUCAUGCUCCCCGUCCUCGAUAAACCUGAUUUCGACAUCGGGAUCGAUAUCCUUCUCAGCUCGACGGUGAUUCUCCGCUUUUUCGAACAGAUCUCAUCUCACACCCCCUCCAAUGACCCGCAGCGCCACCUCCUCGCAGGCUCAGUCUACAUCAGCUCUCAUGUCGACUGCGCAAUAAGCGGCAGUCUCGCUUCGGCUUCAUUCUGGGUCUUUGUAAUCCAAGAUAUUCAGUUCGCGCUCACAUACCAGAAAUGUCUCCGACUAACCUUUGCGCCAUUCGACGACCGGCUGCGUAAGUGGUGGGAGUCCAAACCUGUCCUCAGCGAUGGGGACUGGGUAAAUCGUGCGAUUUGGUUAUUAGCCGAGACGAUCGAUUUCUGCUAUAACGUUUCAGGACGCAAUUAUGGAGGGAGGUUGGGUGUUGAGGGUGAGAUUGCGCUCAAGAAGAGAAUUCGGGAUUGGGAGAUUGGGAGGUCGGAGGCUUUUACACCCUUGCAUGUUUCGCCACCUGAUCCGGCGAGGGGGAAGCCUUUUCCCGUUGUUUGGUAUACUAGUUUGGUGCAUUCUACUGCGAUGCAGCAUGUUUGUCUUGCCAAGGCGCUUAUGUUGAUUCGGGAAUAUGAGCUUCAGGAUCGAAUGUGCUCGAGGGAAGAGAGGGUGCAGUUAAAGGAACAAGUAACCGAAAAUCUGGACUACCUAUUCGGGAUUGCCCUCUCCGCGGAUGAUGAGCCAUCUUUACGAAUCAUGGCCUGCCAUGCUCUAUGUGCUUGUAGCGCAUAUAUCGACGACCCCAUCGCGCAAAACUUGUUAUUCGAUCUCCUACGUCGCACGGAGCGGGAAAAUGGAUGGCCAUGGGCUUAUGUUGAGCAACGCAUUUUGCACACAUGGCAAGGGGGUUCACGAUGA